AUGUCAGUAGUCUCCAACCAGAUUCUCCCAGUUCAAACUAAUGUACAAACAGAAGAACGUCCCCCAAGGAAAGAGAAGAGGAAAAGAGUCGAGACUUUUCAUGAAGCGGAAGACCGUUAUAUCAUGGAAGAUCGCAAACACUCUAAGGCCGAACGCUACACGACAGAUUUGUUGGAGAUUCCUGGGAUGGCGUUCGAUGUGAGCGUGCCUGAUCCCAAAGAGCGGAUUCAAGUGUAUAUCGAUGCGUAUCGCAAAAGCGAUCCUGCGAAUCACCAGGGGUUUGACGAAGUUUUUAUGCGCGAGCAUAUAUCGGUUGUCAGUGCCACGAGGUCGGCAGACAAGGCGGCAGCAGUGUUUGAGAUGAAGGCGGCACCUGUGUUUACGAACCGGAUGGGCAACAUGCACGGCGGCGCGGUCGCGAUGAUUCACGACAUGUGCACCACCAUGACCGCCGCGCCAUUGGCAAAGAAGGAAUUCUGGUGGUUUGGCGGAGUAUCACGGACGUUGUCGAUAACGUACCUCAGGCCGGUGCGGAAGGACAUGGAGCUCUCCAUCGAAUGCGAAGUCCUGCAGCAGGGCAUGCGCCUGUCCACGAUCCGCAGCCAGAUGCGGAACAAGAAGACGGGUGCUCUGCUUUCAGUCGCGGAGCACAACAAGGCCAGCAUCGACUUUGUGGAAACCACAGGACGAUUAUGA